AGGCGGCUGUUUAGUACGCGCCGAAAGCUCACCGUGAAAAGGCCUAUCUAAGAAUAAGCUAAAGUCUUGCUCCUACUGGCCUGACAACGUAAGAAGAGCUUUGUUAAAUUGAUCCUUUAAGCCGUUGACAUCACAUAUAGCCUACAGGUUGCUUGCAAUAAUUUGUUCAAAAAUAUCUUGCAGCAGUUCUCAGAAAAUUCAAAACUUCAAAGGUAAAAUGGAAUUCGCACCAAUUCGCGCCAACAAAUUUCAAGAGGUCAUCGAACAUUUGCGCGAACACUUCCCCGACGAACCCUUGAACGAAUGUGUUGGACUGUGUAAGAAAAACGAACCAUGUGAGUUGCUGGAACAUCACGAUCUACACACUCUCGAAGAAGGACUUUCUAUCAUGGCCUACGAUCCAAUUACCGGUGAGAUAGCAGGCGUAGCGCUCAACGGCGUAUCGAACAAAGGCGACAACGAGAAAGCUAUCGAAGAGAUGAAGGACAUUGAUAAUCUCCAAUACAAACAAAUUUUCGGCUUGUUGUAUAAUACCAACCAAGAGAUUGACCUCUUCGGAAAGUAUGGGAUUGAUAAAAUCUUUGAGUUGCGAAUACUUUCAGUGAACUCCAAGUUUAGGGGCAAAGGCAUUGCAAAGGAUUUGUUUGCCAGAAGCGAAAUGCUUGCCGAGGAAUGCGGAUAUAAAUUAAUGAAAGUGGAUGCAACAAGUAGGUUCUCUCAGCGGGUUGCAGAAAGCCUCGGCAUGAUUACGGCAAAAGCAGUCCACUACGGGGACUUUCAAGAUGAAAAUGGUAAACACAUUUAUCAAAUUGAAGCGCCGCAUGAAUACUACAAAAUAAUGAUAAAGGAGCUAGGAAAGAAGAGUAACUAAACUUGUAAUGACGCGUCUUGUGCCUGGGACAACUUAGCACUAUGCUAAGAGACAAUAAGAGUAUAAUUGAAACAUCUCAAAACAAACGUAUAAUGUUAGAGCUGCCACUGCCAUGCAGAAGUAACAUUUGCGUACUUGUUACACACCCAAUUGUUCCAAUAAAACCCCUACAAAUGUUUACCUAGUCAAAGGCAACUAACGCAUAAACAACAAAUUUAAUAUAACUAAAACAAGAGGCCAAAAAAUACCAUUAAAAUAUGCAAAUCUGUUAUAAAUCAUUUUCCAAUUUGAGAAUUGGAUAAUGGAUAACUAUUGCCUAUUGAUAGGUCUAUUGAUGUUCGUAUUGUUGAACAAUUUGUUAUGGACUGAGUCGGGCAGAAAUGAUGUUUACAAAUGUCGAUGUUUUGUAAUACCUAUUACUAUGUAAAUGAGUGCAGUGGAAAUGCGCGAUCUAUAUUGAAAUACAUAUACAAAUAUACGGAAAUUGCAACGAA